AUGGAUAUUCACCGCUGUCGCUUCAUGCCCUACAACCCCCAGGCGAUCAACGCGCUUGCCUUUUCGCACCCGCCGUCCGCUGGCCUUGCUGGACGCGGCGUUCCGACCCUCCGACUCGCGGUUGGCCGAGCGAACGGUGAUAUCGAGAUCUGGAACCCGCUGCGUGGCGCCUGGGUGCAAGAGACUGUUCUCCGGGGAGGAAAAGACCGCAGCAUUGAAGGGCUGGCGUGGACGCUCGACCCGCCUGAAGAUGGUCCGGAUGGUGGCAGUGGCAGCAGCAGCAAGCUGCCCGGUCGGUUGCGUCUUUUCAGCAUCGGAUACUCGACGACCGUGACCGAGUGGGAUCUGGAGCAGGGGCGGCCGCUGCGUCAUUCGAGCGGGAACCACGGCGAGAUCUGGUGUCUGGCUGCGCAGCCGCGGUGGCAGCCGACCCAGCGCGGCAAGGAUGGGAAGUGGUUACCCCCCGCCGAGGGUGAGUUCACGGGCCAGAACCUCGCUGCGGGCUGUGCGGACGGCUCGAUCGUCAUCUUCUCUACCGCCAACGAGGAACUGUCCUUCCUCCGACUGAUGCGCCCGUCGACCAAGAGAGCGCGUGUGCUCAGCGUCACCUUUCAGAACCGCCAUACGAUUGUCGCCGGGUACGCCGAUAGCUCGAUCAGACUCUUCGACAUCCGCAGCGGCCAGCUGCUGAGGACGAUCUCGCUGGGCAAGGGCCCCAACGGUGGAGCCAAGGAGCUGUUGGUAUGGUCGGUCAAGUGUCUGCCCGAUGGCACCAUCGUCUCGGGUGACUCGGCCGGGGAGAUCAGAUUCUGGGAUGGCAAGAAUUACGCUCUCAUCCAGCGGCUAUCGGGCCAUCUGGCUGAUGUCCUCGAUGUCGCCGUCAGUGCCGAUGGCGAGACCGUCAUCAGUGGCGGUGCCGACCAGCGGACUGUCGUCUACCGGAAAAAGGACUCGGAGAAAGGUGACAAGAAAGCCAGAUGGGCGGAGGUCAUGCAUCGUCGCUACCACUCUCAUGAUGUCAAAGCCUUUGCAGUCUACGAGACAAGGGAUAUCAGCAUUGCUGUCUCUGGUGGCCCCGAUGCUGCCCCGGUCGUGUUACCUCUGCGUGAAUUUGGAAAAGAACAUCAUAGAAAGUUAUCCAGUUUGCCUCAGAUUCCCCAAUUAUCUUCAUCUCCUUCCUCUCGCCUUGUUAUGAGUUUCUGGGAUCGAGAGAUCAGCAUCUGGCGCAUGUUGAGAGGCCCUACUUCGGCCAAUGAGGCUACAGAAGGGAAAAGGCAUCGUCUGGUCGGGAAAGUUCUGAUCCAGGGAGAGGAGAACAUCACAUCCGCCGUUCUUUCGUCAGACGGCAAGAUCCUGGCGGUCGCAACGAUAUCAAACGUCAAGGUGUUCGCCGUUCGUCGUCGCAAGGGCGAUGAACGCGGUGUUUUACGCAUCCAGAAGCUCGACAUCCCGCCCGAGCUCGCUGAGGAGGGGGCGCGUGUGCUAAACAUUUCUCCCGACUCUCGUUGGCUGUGCGUUGUUCGCCCCAACAGUGAUGUCUACCUCGCUCGGUUUGAGAUCCCUGCUGUCUCGACGGAAAAGCCCCAAAUUCUGCCCCAGCUCGUCAAAGUGAAUCGGGUUUCUCGGCACACUCGCCAUGAAAAGGCCUCCCACGGGACCUUGGGCCAUUACGAGCGUACAAUACGAUGCGUGGUGUUCUCGGAUGAUAGCAAGAUUCUGGCAUCCGGCGAUUUGUCUGGUUGCGUGGAUACUUGGGUCUUGAAGACGCGUGGCAUGGCCGGGGACUCCGACGACGAGUCUGAUGACGAUGACGAUGAACAGACUGCAAUCGAUGGCGAGCGUUGGUGUCAAUCAGCGACCGAGUCACCAAUUCCUCGUCUCAAGUCAGGCGUGGUGCUAAUGUCAUUCCGACCUCAGGGUCGUCGCGAAAACGAAGACCGGCUCAUGGUCCUGACAAGCGAACAUCAGCUGAUUGAGUUCGAAGCUCUCGACGGCAAACUGUCCGAUUGGUCCCGAAGAAACCCCAAGGCCUAUCUCCCUGCAGAAUUCCGGGGCGUCAAGGACCGAGCCAUGGGCUGGGUGUGGGAUUUGUUUGGGAAUCGUGAACGCCUCUGGCUGUACGGUACUUCCUGGCUGUGGAUGUUCGACCUUUCCAAGGAUUUCCCUUCCCCUGAGGAGCUCGAAUCGGAAGCGGGGAACACAAAUGACCAACUUGUCAAGGCGUCUGCCUCCCAGAAACGCAAGCGUGAACUUUUGGAGGAGGAGGAGCGCGAGAGGAAGAAGCCGAACAGCGGCGCUGGUGACCGGAUCCCCCACACCCAGGCAGAUAUCUCGAUCGGGACCAAAAUCCGCAAGAUCACGGGCAACGAUGAUUCGCAGGGAGUCUGGGUCUCACUGGAAAGGGAGCGACCCCGUGCUGCUGCUGCUGCUGCUGAUGAAGAAGAAGAGGAGGAUGCCCUUGAACACGACGAGGCCUUUGCGACCGCCAACGAGGCAGACAUGGCCCGUCUCCGGCGGGAGAACCCUGACGUUGAGGCGACCGGCACUCCGCAGAAGCAAACGCCUGCUCGCCACAACAGACUUCUGGCACUCAUCGACAAGGUUGAGGGCACCCCAAGUCGAAAGCUCGACGAGCUUGACGUCUUCGCCUCGCCCGCUCCGCAGCCACUCAUUGAUCUCGAGAAUGCCGCCGCCCAAGCCAACCGGCAGUGGUGGCAUACCUACAAAUACCGUGACAUCCUUGGAAUCGUCCCCCUCAGCCUUCUCCCUCAACUAGAUAACGCUGGUCAUCUCAGCGAUGAUAGCGUCAACUCGACUCACCUGGAAGUGGCAGUCGUGGAGCGGCCCAUGUGGGACGUAGAACUGCCUGGGCGAUACAUCAGAUGCGACAGCAACUCAGCGUUGGAUGGACGACCCUUCUUAACCGGUGUCGGCGCCCGUGUGCCGCGUCAUUUCUCCUCGAUUGCGGCGCCUUCUGAUCCCACGUCGCAAUGGAGCGAUGAAGGGUUCGUCUGGUCGAAGGAGGAUGUUUUCCCCACCCUGAUCGGGAUCCGUGGGCAACCGCAGCCUGGCUUCGUAUUUCAUGAUGCGUGCUGGCAGUUGCUGCAGAGGAUACUUCAUCCGCACUCGGUGGACGUGGAAUGUCUGUAUGAUCUCUGUCUUUCUUGUCCGGCGAACCAUAAAGGUUGGCUGGACUGGGGCCAUACCUAUGGCGAACUGAUGGAGCGACAUCCUGUCGGCGGGUAUCCCUGGGAAGACGUCUACAUCACGGGUUUUGUGAGACGGUACCUUCUCUCGAACAAAGUCUCUCCCCUCAAGUUCUCGAAGUCGACACCCCUAGAUGCACCCGAAAUCAGGAGGGCUCUCGCCGAGUGCAGAGUAUCCGGCGAACCGGGCAAGCUGGAGGGGAUCUGCAGCAUCUCCGUGGCCUUUCGGCAGGCACCCGACUGCUUCCAAAAUCUGCCCCAAGAGAUUCUGGAGGCCAUCCAGAUGCUUUUACCGUCGCAGAGCGUUGCCAACGCACGGCUCGCGGCACGGUCCUUCGCCACCCUCCCGCUCACGCAGACCUUCUGGGCGUCGCGAUUCGACUGGGAGCAGGAACGCGGCUUCUGCAUCGAGGCGAGACACCCGUCCUUUAGCCCGGCUUCUGAGCAGCGGAGGCGGGAUUGGAAAGACCUCUACGAGAGAACUGCCCUGGCCGGACUGCCCAGCGGACAGCAGCAUAACCGGAUGCGAGUCUGGCGGUGCCUCCGAGACCUGGCAAGCCUACUGCUUGAAUGUCCCCUCACAGAACCGGGGAUGCGACGAGCCCUCCAGCCCCCGCAUGAGAUUGGAAUCCCAGAUCCCAAUUGGAGAACAGUGGGCGGCGACUUUGCGCCGAGGACGACAACAGGAGCAGCAGCGCCCGCCGGCAUGCCGUGCCGGGUCAUCUACGAACAGAUUGUCUCUGUCCCAUCCAAGGUGAAGAGCAUCGCGGUCUCGUUUCGCACGUUUGCGAACACACGGUACAUCUCCGGCCUGCGGUUCGUGCUCGAUGAUGACGCCCAGGAUCUUCCCAUGGGCUACGUCGUUCCCUCCAGCGAAGCCUGGCUUUGUUUCGAUGCCGACGGCAGUGAUCUGACCGGUCUGAUCGUCGCUGUUGGCCCGCGAGGCAUCAAGGCCCUCCGUGCCGUAACCAGCCAUGGGGCCAUGUCCGCCUGGGCCGGCUCGCCAGAUGGACUGCCCCAGACUGUCCGCCUGUGCAUGAAAGAUGCUAUCCACACCUUGAAAGGGUGUUUCGAUGGCUUCAAAAUGGUCUCCCUCUCCGUCCCGGCCAGCAUGCAGCCUCUCUUCCCAUCAUCUACGGCUACGACUUAUUCCCUCCGCUCCAUGGGCCUCUGGUACCCAACCCCGCCGCCUACCCAUCUCAAUCUCCACGACGACUGCUUCGCAGGGUGCGCCCCGAGAUCCUCAUCAGAGUACCGCCCCCUCGUGCUCGUCGCCUUCGGCGGCGUCCAGGGCUCCCUCCUCCCUCACCUAGACCGCCUCUCCGUGACGGUCUCCAAGGCGGCCAUCGUCGGCGUCGAUUUUUUCUAUACCCAAUCCUCGGGCUUGCCCUGUCUACAAGCCUGUCUCUCGACCGCCAGUCAGGACGAAUCAAACAAGAUCCCUUUCUCCAUCGAUGGGCCAGGCGGCGAGCGUCUGACCGGUUUACAUUGCGAUUCCUCCGUUGAUAGGGGGGUCACUUCCUUGAAGGUCUCCACCACCUAUAACCGCUCCUUCACCUUCCAGCCGAGCGCGGUGCCUAUCCUCAAACUACCCACCGAUCCCUUUAUCCCUCAAAGGCUGAAGAAGGCGUCUAUUCCUACAGGUGAGACGCUGACGGGAGUAUAUUUCAUGCAUGAUCCCCGAUUCGGCAUGCUCGGCUUGGGUCCAAUCUCAGAAGACUUGAAUAGACAGGUGGUAGCGCCCAGCAUUGAAGAGGAAAUCUGGAAGCUAUCUGCUUCUAUUUUCCUACAAGAAGGAUACUGA